GGGCCAAACAUCGAUUACGAUACAUUACUGUCCAGUGAACUAUGCCGGCGAGUCGGGUGACUAUAGCCGGUGUUUUUUGUGAUUUAUAACCUUAAAAUACUGGAAAAAUCACAAUGAUUCCUGAAUCAUUGAAACUCCGCCUGAUCGAGUUCCUAGAGAGUAACAGAGAAUGGGUGGUCCUUUUCUUCUGCCUGCCAGCCAGCUUUGUGUUCUCAUCGGUGAUGCGAGUGAGGGCGUGCCUUCGGAGACUGAGCGGGGACAAGAGGAGGCAUGAUGCCAAGGUCAACGAGAUUCAGGCUAAGGUCCACGAAUGGAACAAACUACCCCCUUCAGAGCGGCGCCUCCUCUGCACCUCGAGGCCCAACUGGCUCUCUCUAUCGACGACUUUCUUCCAGAAACAUCUCCACCACCAGGUGGCGUUGCCUCUGUACGAUAUACUGCAACUGGACGAGGAAGCCAUGACGGUCAGGGUCGAGCCGAUGGUCACCAUUGGAGACAUAACUGAGUUUCUGAUACCGAAGGGGUACUCGUUGGCUGUCACGAUUGAAUUGACUGAUGCUACUUUGGGAGGCCUAGCCUUCGGCACCGGCAUGUCGACGCACUCUCACAAAGCGGGCCUGUACCACGAAACGAUCGUCAGCUACGAGGUCGUCCUCUCCGACGGUUCCUUAGUAACGGCCACCAAUAACAACGAACAUUCUGACUUGUACCAAACCCUGCCCUGGUCCCACGGCAGCCUUGCCUUCUUGGUCGCUUUGACCAUCAAAAUAGUCAAAAUCAAACCUUAUAUCAAAAUCAAAUACAUCCCCGUUACUGGACAAAGGAAUUAUUGCAAAAUGAUUCGAGAAUUUUCUGGAGCUUAUGAGGAGAAACCUAAAAUACAUCCUGAUUAUGUUGAAGCCACUAUAUUUAGCAAGGACAAGGCUGUUAUUAUGAUUGGCGAUUACUCAGAUUAUGAUAGAAACGUAACUGUAAAUUACUGUUCAAGGUGGUACAAGCCAUGGUUUUAUAGGCAUGUUGAAAGUUUCUUAAAGAAAGGUGAAUCAGAAGAAUUGAUACCAAUGAGAGAUUACUUGUUACGCCACAACAGAGCUAUAUUUUGGGUCGUGGAAGACAUGCUAACGUUUGGAAACAAUCCUAUAUUUAGGUGUCUGUUUGGUUGGCUUUUGCCGCCAAAACCUGCGUUUUUGAAAUUCACUACAACGCCUGGAGUGCGAGCUUACACUUUCACAAAACAAGUGUUCCAAGAUAUCGUUUUACCUUUGACGAGACUAGAGGAGCAGAUUGAAAUUUCUACAGAAUUAUUCGAGAAGUUUCCAUUACUUGUAUAUCCGUGUAAAAUAAUUGAUCACGGUCCACUGUCUGGCCAGUUGCCGCGUCCGAGCGUCGAGUACUUAGUGCCCGGUACAAAUUACGCAAUGUAUAACGAUUUGGGCAUUUAUGGCGUUCCGGGGAAAGUGAAGGAAAGGAAGUGGUACAAUCCAGUGGACGCUAUGAGGAGAAUGGAGAAGUUUACAAGGGAUUGUGGUGGUUAUUCGUUUUUGUACGCCGAUAUCUUUAUGACGCGGGAUGAGUUUGAGGUUAUGUUUGAUUUGGGCUUGUAUGAGAGAGUGAGACGGAAAUAUAACGCGGAAGGCGCGUUCCCACAUCUUUACGAUAAAGUGAAACCCGAAUUGGAUGUAUUUUCUAUUGGUGAGGAGUGUGCCAUCAAGGAAUAAUGUGAAACUAUGACCUAAUUUUCUGGUUUAUCAAAUUAAAAAAAUUACAUUACA